UCUUGUUUCGGGCGCUGAGUUAAAGGUGUCACGUGAGGAGCUUCCGUCUUUUCUCUUGGUCACGACGCGGGCUGUGCCUGCUGCUGCUACGGGGAUCUUUAAAACCCUUCCGGUCGGUUCAGCCAAUCCGUGCCUAGAGGAGCUGGGCGGACCGACAGGAGCGGAGAGAGCUGAGGUCCACCUCUGCCGCCACUGCCGCGGCAGGGGCGUGGAGGGCAGGGGCGUGGAGGGCAGGGGGCGGCGGAGACCGCGAUUACGAACAUGGCCCAGAACAGAGACGGCGGAAACCCGUUCUCCGAGUCCAGCGAGUUGGACAACCCCUUUCAGGACCCAGCUGUGAUCCAGCACCGGCCCAACCCGCAGUAUGCCACUCUUGAUGUCUACAACCCUUUUGAGACCCGGGAGCAGCCGGCACCAGCUUAUGAGCCUCCUGCUCCCGCCCCUGCGUCCUUGCCUCCACCCUCAGCACCCCCCCUACAGUCCUCACGGAAGCUCAGCCCCACAGAACCCAAGAACUACGGGUCCUACAGCACUCAGGCAACAGCUGCUGCAGCCACAGCUGAGCUGCUGAAGAAGCAGGAGGAACUCAACCGGAAGGCAGAGGAGUUGGACCGAAGGGAGCGAGAGCUGCAGCAUGUUGCCCUGGGGGGCACGGCCACUCGACAGAACAAUUGGCCCCCUCUACCUUCAUUUUGCCCAGUCCAGCCCUGCUUUUUCCAAGAUAUCUCCAUGGAGAUCCCCCAGGAAUUUCAGAAGACAGUAUCCACCAUGUACUACCUCUGGAUGUGCAGCACUGUGGCUCUUCUCCUGAACUUCCUCGCCUGCCUGGCCCGCUUCUGUGUGGAUACCGACAGUGGCUCGGGCUUUGGCCUUUCUCUGCUCUGGGUCCUCCUUUUCACUCCCUGCUCCUUCGUGUGUUGGUACCGCCCCAUGUAUAAGGCUUUCCGGAGUGACAGUUCAUUCAAUUUCUUCGUUUUUUUCUUCAUUUUCUUCAGCCAGAAUGUGCUCUUUGUUCUCCAGGCAAUUGGCAUCCCAGGUUGGGGGUUCAGCGGCUGGAUCUCUGCGAUGGUGAUGCUCAAGGUCAACACUGCGGUAGCUGUGCUCAUGCUGCUGCUUGCCCUGCUCUUCACUGGCAUCGCUGUGCUGGGAAUUGUGAUGCUAAAGCGGAUCCACUCCUUAUACCGCCGCACAGGUGCCAGCUUUCAGAAGGCGCAGCAAGAAUUUGCUGCUGGUGUCUUCUCCAACCCAGCCGUGCGAACCGCAGCUGCCAACGCAGCCGCUGGGGCUGCCGAAAAUGCCUUCCGGGGGCCGUGAUCCCUGCCUGGGAUGCCCUGGCCCUGCCACUGGAGGGAGCUGACACCCCCAUCCCCAGGUCUCGCACUGGGGAGACAUCACUACUUGACAGUGCCCCCAGUUCCACGGCCAUGACGCUGAGCCCGACGGGAGGCCACUGUGAGCCUGGCGCUGCUCGCCCCCCCUCACCAGACCACGCCGCUGCCCCUGCUCACGCGCCAACCUAGCUCCCCUCUGCCGUGCCAAGGCUGUCGCUUCAGUUAUUUAAAUAAAAAUAAAGUGGAACUGGAAGUCA